GAGAAAAGAUCGUUUUUGAAUUUUAUCUGAAAAACUGAAAAAGUACUGAAGAAAGGCAGUCAUCGAAGAAUCCACAGAUUAUAAGCAAAAUGCCAAAGCAGAAAAGCAGAACAAGAAGAAAGGCUGCUCCACAAAACCUGGUAGAGGAUGUUCACGAUUUAGUGGAGGAACAAAGUCAGGAGUUACCACCAAUAUACAGGCCACCAGUGCGGAGACGCAAGGCCAGACAAACAGCUCCUGAAAAUCUGUCUGUUCCAACCGCAAAUGACAUUGCUGAUGCUUUGUUCCUGAAGUUUCAAAGUUCUGGCGUUCAACUUGUCAAAGACAAUACAGCAGUUCCAAUUAAUGACUUAACUGGUAUAUUGUCGUCAUCAUCUAUACAACCAGAAAAUUCGUCAACUACUGACUCCCAGGGACCAAUGUUAGCUGUCUUUCAACCACCAGUUUCCUCAGAUCCUAAUAUCAACACUCCUUCUGAUGGUGAGCUGCUAAACUCAAAUGAAGAAAAUCCAUAUGCAUGUGAAAUGUUGAGACAUACUAUACCUUUAGAUUACCAUGUCAGCAAUAAGGUUAAAUCUGAUGUUUGGUGUGAUAAUUAUGUAAAUUUUGCUCUAUUGUUACCUUCUAAUAUUGAUGAUACAUGUAAUGAAUCAACAUUAUUUGAAAAUUUAAAUAUUACGAUUUCAAAUAGGAAACCUAACAAAGAGCUUUUGUCCAUUCACCAAUGGACAAAUGCUUUUGAUAUAUUUAUGUCUAUAUAUCUUGAAAAGAAUUUGAGGUCUGCUAAAGCAUUGAUAAAAUAUGGUUUUAAUGUACGGUCAUUAUGCAAGUCCUUGGGUUUCCAAGCCGCUAAAUUAUAUGACGAGAAAUUUAGGAAGAUAAGGAAAAUUUUAGGGUUACGAUGGGAUGAAAUAAAUGAUGAACUUUGGAGAUCUGCAGCUUUAUAUGACAGACAAUCUGAAUUUUCAGGUCAAAAUAAGAAGUCAUUUGCCAAAACCUCAAACUCAGGCCCAAAUUCUUUUCAUAGGAGGGCCCAGCAUCAGUAUCAAUUCCCAAAUGGCUAUUGCUGGGCCUUCUGUAAAUCAGGGGAAUGCACAUCAAAGUUUUGUAAACUUAAACACCAAUGUGUACACUGCAGCAAGAAACACUGUACCCUUACAUGUCCAGAGCAAAAAGGAAAACAAGCAAACUUUGUCAAAACUUCCAACACCAAUAAAGGUUGAAAAUUUAAAACACUUUUUAGCAGGUUAUGAAACACAGUUGAAAGAUAAAUUGAUUCAUGGUUUUUCUUUUGGAUUUUCAAUUAAUUCUUGUUUUUCUACAUCCCUAAAUAAAGAGAUUUUUCCUCCAAAUCAUAAAAGUGCAAGGGAAAAUUAUCAUGUUGUGCAAUCAAAACUAAAUAAAGAGAUUGAAGCAGGUAGAGUUAAGGGUCCUUUUACAAAGCCCCCUUUCCCUCUCUUUGUAUGCUCCCCUUUGGGUUUAGUUCCAAAAAAGGAACCCAAUUCUUAUCGAUUAAUACAUGAUUUGUCGUAUCCUAAGGGUGACUCUGUAAACUCUGGUAUUUCCCCAGAAUUUUCGGCUGUACAAUACCAAAACAUUGAAACAGUUAUAGAUUUAGUCCAAUCUUAUGGAUCAAAUUGUCUAAUGUCCAAAACAGAUAUUGAGCAUGCAUUUCGCUUAAUUCCAAUUGCUAAAAAAGAUCAUCAUCUAUUGGGUUUUCAUUGGGACAAACAAUUUUUUUAUGAUGUCUCCCUCCCCAUGGGGGCUUCGUCCUCGUGUCAGCUGUUUGAGUCUUUUUCUACAGCCCUCCACUGGAUUUUAAAUGCUAAAUUUCAAAUAUAUGGGGUAUCACACCUGUUAGAUGAUUUUUUCUUUGUCGGAAAAGCUGGCUCAAAUGAAUGCUAUAGUGCAUUACAAACUUUUCUUUGUCUUGCCGAUAAAUUGGGGGUACCCAUCAAAUCAGACAAAACACAACUCCCUACUACUUGCAUUAUUAUCUACGGUAUUGAAAUUGAUUCUACUCAGAUGGUAGCUCGUUUACCUAUGGAAAAAAUUGAAAAAAUUUUGCAAUUAUUGAGUAAAUACAAAUGUAAACGCAGUAUCUCACUUAGAGAAUUGCAAUCCUUAUUGGGUCUUUUAAAUUUUGCAUGCGGAGUUAUCAUACCUGGAAGAGCCUUUUUACGUAGGCUUUUUGACCUGACUAUAGGCCAUACAUCUCCUCAUUAUAGAAUCAAUCUUAAUUCUGAUGCAAGAUUAGAUCUGAAGUUAUGGUACAAUUUUAUUGAAAAUUACAAUGGUAAAUCUUGUUUUUUAUUUAAAGAAUGGGUUUCAUCAGAUUUUUUAAAACUUUUUUCUGAUGCUGCAGGUACAUAUGGUGGUUUUGCUGCAGUUUUUGGCAGCAAAUGGUUUUCAGGUGAAUGGCCACCGGAGUUAGUCGAUUUACACAUUACAGUGAAAGAACUUUUCCCGAUUGUGUUAGCUAUUGAUAUAUGGGGCCCUCUAUUGGCAAAUCAUAAAAUACUGUUUUUAACAGAUAAUUCAGCUGUUGCUGAAAUUAUAAAUAAAAUAUCAUCUCGAGAAAAGAAUAUUAUGAAAUUGAUUCGAAGAUUAGUGCUAGCUGCAUUAAAGUACAAUAUCUAUUUUAGAGCCAAACAUAUUCCUGGAAAAACAAACGUUAUUUGUGACUUGUUGUCUCGUUUUUCAUUUCAGGAAGCUCAUCAGAUUGCUCCUUGGUUAAGUCCAACUCCUGUGGCCAUUCCACCUCAAUUUUUGCAUCUAUGACUGAUAAGCUUGUUAGUGCAUCAUUAUCUGAUGCUACUGUGUCAUCAUAUAAUAGAAUGCUAAGUGUGUAUUCA